AUGGGUAUCGAGCUUAGGGAGACGAUAGCUAGCACGUACGCUAAAAGCAUAGAAAGCGGAGAUGUGCACUUCUUCCAGUCGGACUCCAAGAAAGUUAAGGAUCCUACGACUGGUUCCCAAUAUCUUAUCACGCAUGCGCCUAGUUUGCUGAGAAAACCAGAGAGAGGUGAUGAAGAGGCGGAAAAACGUAACCCUUUCGCAGAACCGGAACCGCAACUUACCGUCAGCGAGGACCUGUACGGGCUGGGCGAGUACAAAUUACUGCUGAACAAGUUUCCCGUUGUUCCAAAGCAUCUGCUUUUAGUGACGCGUCAAUUCAAGCCGCAGACCUCGGCAUUGAGCCCACAGGACCUGCUGACAGCCUACCGUCUGCUCCAGGAUCUGGACGAUGACGACGAAAUGGUUCGCAAUCUGGUUUUUUACAACUGCGGUGCACCCUCAGGCUCUUCGCAAGACCACAAGCAUCUGCAAGUGUUCCAAUGGCCCGAAAAGUUCUUGGCAUUCCAGGACCGUCUGUGCAGCGGGAAAGAGCACUUCAUCCCUGACAUGCGGUCUGAACCCCUCCAAGACCCCAAGCUCUCCUUUGCCCACUUUGUCGUUCCCCUGCCUGAGGAUCCAGACACCGUGGACGAAGAAUUACUGGCGAUGACCUUUGUGUCGCUGCUGCAGAGAACCCUCACAUUCUUCCAGGAUUGGUCGAACGAGGCACCCAAGCUGGAAACCGGCUACAACGUUUUGAUGACACGUCAAUGGCUGUGCCUGGUGCCACGCUCGCGGUCCAAGAGUGCCGAAUUGGACAUCGGUUUCAACGCUACUGGCUAUGCGGGUCUCGUGCUCGUUAAGCACGAAGACGUCUGGGGUAAAAUUCUACAAGAGCCUCACAUAGUGGACCGCCUAAUGCUCGAAUGCGGUUUUCCAAACACAUCGGGGCAAUCCAGUGUCGAAUAUGAUUAUUGA